CGCACACACCUAGACACAAGCGCACAUUCACUCACCCACAGAGAGAGAGAGAGAGAGAGAGAGAGAGAGAGGGAGCGAGAAAGUGGGGGACGGAGUGAUGCUCUCCUGCCGGAGAACAGAACCUGACUCCGGCCAGCCAGUCAUCAGCGUCAGCAGCGGCGGCAGCGCUGUCUUCGCCACCUUCAGCGCCACCGCCACCCGCCCCGCAUACACACACUGUCAAUGAGAAAAGGAGUGUGUAUCAGUCGCGGAGCAAAUAAAUUGGCUCAGGGUUUUUACAACAAGGACCCAAAGACCGGAGGGUACUCUGUAUGCCGUCGGCGGCAUGGCGGCGGGGGCAGAGAGAGAAAGAGAGAGAGAGAGAGACAGAGAGAGGCGUGCGCGCGCGUUUCCUCGCAGGAGCGGCGCUUUGGGACUGUGAUGUCUGACGGACGCGGAGAGAUGCUGUGAGCUCUGGUAUUAGCAGAGCCAGCUGCGCACCCACCGAGCCGCUCUGUCCCCUCCCUCCCCGCAUCUCAUCCCCAGCAUUCCUGCUCUCUCUCCCAAGCGCCGACCAUUCGCUCAAAGAGGGGAAUCGGCUCCACACGGCUCGCUCCGCUCACUCCGGCUUGCGUCCCGCGCGGAGAUUUUGGCAGAGAACUGUUCUUUUUCCUGUGGAAGGCAACUGGAUUUAAAAGUCUUUCAGCCUCUGGACAAACUGAGGUUCUGGUGAUUUUGAACUGGGCUUCUGUUCUGUCAUUCAGCGCCUGAAUAUGCUCGGCUCACCCAUGCUCCGUUACAAGCCAACCUCUUCUUUCACCCGAUGAUAAAAACAAUCCACAGGAUUGCCAUCCAUGGUUUCUGCGCUAAUCAAGACUGUGUUAUUCUAUAUUGAAAAGAUUUGCAAAGGAAUGUUUACAAAGAAAUUGGCAAACCCAAUUAAGAAGAAAGAAAGAAGUGAAAAUAAAGAGCCCAAAUUAGCCGCUGAUUUGCAAGCACAUAAUCAAACUCUCUCAACCACUUUAAAGACAACUGUCAAAAAAAUUUCCAAAUGCUCUUCGGCACGUAACAUAUCGCUUGAAGAGGACGACGGAAAGAACGACUGCUCAUCGUUGUCACCCACUUUCAGCUAUCGUGUAGCUAUAGCAAAUGGACUCCCAAAAAGUUCUCUUUUUUUAAAUAAUAAUGAAAGUAUCUUUCCUGAGGUUCUUUCGAUUGACAGCAGUUACUCUGAAUCCUUGAGUGAGACAAAACCUGUCCGGAGACUAGAUGAGCAUAAAUCACACACUAUGCCAGUAAGACGAAACAGGAAGAGCCUCAUCAGUUUAGCUCCCUCUGAUGGCAGUUCGGAGGGGGAACGGGUGGAACGCUCUAGUUUACAUACGCUUAGGCUGGGGGCUCUACGCAAGUUAAGGAAAUGGAAAAAGAGCCAGGAAUGUGUCUCCUCAGACUCCGACGUGAGCAAUUGGAGGAAAACCCUGGGCAUACGAAGCAAAUCUCUGGACCGUGCUGGACGACAACAAAAGAGCUCUACCCUAGAGCCUGGCUCUUCCUCAACAGGUUGCAUCAGUCAGACGCAAGAUGUAAUGGAAAUGAUUUUUAAGGAGCUUCAGGGGAUCAGUCAGAUAGAAACUGAACUAUCUGAGCUUCGUGGCCAUGUAAAUGCCCUUAAGAGCUCAAUUGAUGAGAUCUCCAGCAGUGUGGAGGUAGUUCAGAGUGAAAUUGAACAGCUUAGAUCAGGAUUUGUCCAGUCAAGAAGGGAAACAAGGGAUAUCCAUGACUACAUUAAACAGAUUAGCCACCAGGCUAAUAAUUCAACCUUGCGGUUUCUCAAUGUUCCUGAAGAGAGAUCAGAAAAGACAGAGAGUGUAAUAUACAAAAUAUUGAAAGAGAAAAUGGGUUUCACAGAUGCCCAUAAAACAAUUAAAAUUGAGCUCGCUCACAGGUUAGGGCAACAAAGAGAAUGUUCUAAUGCGAAGCCUCGUCCUAUUAUUGUCAUUUUUGCAACACCCCAAGACAGAGAUGUAGUCCUUAAGAAAUGCUACAAACUCAAAGGUACAGGGAUUACAGUAUCUACUGAUAGUUUAACAAAUGAUGGAAAAGACAGGAAAGACAAAACAAUGUCAUCCUCUCAAACAUAUGAAAGUAUGGAUAUAAAAGUCUCAGGAAAGGAGAAAGUAGUAGAAAGUGACGACUGGGAUUCAAUGGACAGUGAUAAAGAGCUGGAUGAGUUAAGCAGGAAUAAAUAUGCAAUGGUUAUUUCAAAGCCUGUUCACAAGUCCAAAUCAGAGAAGAGGCGGUCCCAUGACCACAGCAGGUCAGGAGACGUAGCAGGCUACUCAGGAACAGUCCACUAUGCUGACGACUCGUACUAUGACACAGACAAGCAUGCAAAGGCUUACUACUCUGAUAUGACCCCCGGAUGGCUUUCUCAGAGUGAUUAUUCAACUCCAAAACUUAGUCGUUCAGAGUCUGACUGUUCAAAACUUUGCCAGUCGUACUCUGAAGAUUUUUCAGAAAGUCAAUACUUCACACGAGCAAAUGGUGGCUCCCUCCUCUCCUCCUCAGAUCAAGAACUGUGGCAGAGAAAACAAGAGGACAUGGCCUCCUCUUGGUAUGCUAGUCCCAGCCAUCCUCAUGAUAGUCAAACAUAUGAACAUAAUGAGGUUGAGACUACAGAAACUAUUGAUAGUGGGGUUAGCAACGGACUUGUCUGCAUGUCUGGGGAUAGAAGCCACUACAGUGGCUCACAGGUAUCAUUACAAGGUGAUCUUUCACCAUGGAAAGACUGGCAUCAUUUGGAGCAAGGAGCUGACUCUGGCUUAGAAGCUUCAAUAGAGGUCAGUAGCCCUUUUGACCCAUCAACUAUUCCUGGAUUUCCAGAGAACAUUACCAAGUGUCAGGAGGUUGAUUUGCAGUUUGAAGGAGAUGAGGAGUUUAUGAUGCUUGACAGAGAAACUUCUUUACCUCCUAUCACCACCCAUAUUAUUCCUCCCAUCACAGAACGGGAAGCUGUCAAGACUUCUUCCCGGCAUUCGAGGGAAGGAUGUAAGGUGAUCGCAAAAGAGAGCACAAAGAUAUCAUCAAAAGAAGCCUCUAAAGCUGCAGCAAAAGUGACGCCCAAAUCAAGUAAAGUCACUACUCCUAAAGAGGAGACAUCUAAAAUAUCGGCAAAAGAAAACACAAAGGUUUCUGCUAAAGGUUCAUCUAAAGUGACAUCUAAAGCGUCCCCUAAAGAAUUACAGAAAGAAACAUUAAAAUCAGCUGUUAAAGAAAGCUCUCAAGUCGUCCAUAAAGACAAUUCUAAAUUUAUACCCAAAGAAACCACUAAGCCUAUAGGUAAGGAAGUAUCUAAAGUGACAUCAAAGUUAAGUUCCAUUGAAACUGUUAAGGUCACUCCUAAAGCAAUCUCAAAAGACAGCCCUGUAAUCACACCUAGAGAAAGCCCUAAAGAGUCACCGAAAGAGAGCCCUAAAAUAACUCCAAUUGAUACCCCUGUCUUGACUCCAGAUUCAACCCCUAGAGAGUCCCCUAAAGAAUCCCCUAAAGUCAUUCCUAAGGAAUCCCCCAAAGUCAUUCCUAAGGAAUCCCCCAAAGUCAUUCCUAAGGAAUCCCCUAAAGUCAUUCCUAAGGAAUCCCCUAAAGUCAUUCCUAAGGAAUCCCCUAAAGUCAUUCCUAAGGAAUCCCCCAAAGUCAUUCCUAAAGAAUCCCCCAAAGUAAUUGCUAAAGAACCCCAGAAAGUCAUUUCUAAAGAGGGUGUAAAGGCUGUUACUAAAGAAGUUACCAAAGAAGCUUUAAAACCACCCCCAAAAGAGGUUCCAAAAGAGGUGGCUAAAGCGCCACCUAAGGAAACAACUACAGUACCCACUCAGGAGGUUUCUAAGAUUCCACCUAAGGAAGUUUCAAACAUAGCUCCUAAAGAGCCUUCUAAAGUGACCCCCAAAGAGCCUUCUAAAGUAUCUCCAACAGAUGUUUCCUUGGUAGCACCUAAAUCAGUUUCUAAAGAUGUUGCCAAGGAACCCUCAAAAACAGGUGCCAGUGAAAAAUUCCCUGAACUUGAUGUUAAUCAUAGCUUUCACCAGGCUCCGAGCAAGUCCUCAAGUAUGUACCGUAGCCAGAGUGAGAUACGAACAGAGAAAGUGGAGGAGGUUCCAAAAACCUGGAGUAGUAGACUUAGUAUCGAUCUAAGUGAAAAGUCCUUUGGCUUUGGCUUUGGAUCCACUCUCCAAAGAGCUAAGUCUGCUCUGGAGGUUGUUUGGAAAUCUGGCUCCCAAGGCACCCCUGCUCCUCCAGAGGAACAAACAAACUCUUCUUCCUCGUUUAUGGGGCGUUUUCGAACACUCUCCACCUCUACUGCAAAUAAUUCCCCUGCUGCAACAGAACCGGAUGUUCGUGCGGAACCUGUCUUCAGCAAGGCAGAGGAGGAAAAUACAAGUGCAGAAACAGGAGAGCUAUCUGUGGACAGUGAGACUCACUACGUUGAAGUGAUGGAGCAGGUACUAGCUAACCUGGAAAACAGGACUAAUGUUAACGAGAACCAGGACACGGACGAGCUUGCACAGGAAUGUGAGACUUCUCAGGACUAUGAUGUGUCUGAUGACAUUGAGCCCUCUCAAGACAAUGAUGCCUCGCAGGAUCUUGAGGCAUUGCAGGAUUUGGAGGCCCCGGGUGAUUUUGAUGCAAGUAAUGAAACCCGAGUUUUGGAGUAUGAUUGCAGCUUGGAUGAUCAGUACGAAGAAGAGUACAGUGAGGAUUAUGACAACCAACUCACCGAGGACACUGCUGAAUACGAUGCAAUGGUUGAGUAUGUGGAUGUUGAAGAGCCUGAUGAGACUGAGGAUAACGAUGUAACAGAGGAGAUAGAAGAGGGUGCAGAAGAGUUGUAUGAGGUAGAGGAAAUAGCCGAGGAGGCUGUUGAAGUCUCUGAAAUAGAGGAACAACAACAACAACAACAACAGGAGGAUGAAAACAAGAAUGUUCCAGAGGAGAAGCCGGUGGAGACGCCACCCAAGAAGCGUGUUCGACCCACAUUCAAGGAGGCAGCACUGAGAGCCUACAGGAAACAGAUGGCUGAACUGGAGCAGCAGAUUCUGGCAGGAGACGCCAGUGCUUUGGAUACUCAGCCUCGCAGUAUUUUGGAUCCCAAAUUGCUUGGUUUGCAGACCGGAGGGGCUGGCAGUAUUCUUUAUGGUAUUGACAGCAUGCCAGAUCUGCGCCGCAAAAGGACAGUGCCUCUUGUCCGAGACCUGGCUUUGACCCUCACUGCUCGAAAGGCAGGCAUCUCGUUUGCUCUGGUGAACAGGUCAACCCUGAACAACGAGGAACUGAAACUGCAUGUCUUCAAGAAAACCCUCCAGGCCUUGAUCUACCCAAUUUCCUCAACUACACCCCACAAUUUUGAGGUAUGGACGGCGACCGCUCCCACCUACUGCCACGAGUGCGAAGGCCUGCUGUGGGGGAUCGCCCGCCAGGGCAUGCGCUGCUCGGAGUGCGGCGUCAAAUGCCACGAGAAGUGCCAGGACCUGCUCAAUGCGGAUUGUUUACAAAGGGCUGUGGAGAAAAGUUCCAAGCAUGGGGCAGAAGACAAGACUCAAAAUAUCAUCAUGGCUAUGAAGGAGCGUAUGAAGAUCAGGGAGAAGAACCGCCCGGAGGUGUUUGAGGUGAUCCAGGAGAUGUUCCACGUCUCCAAAGAAGAAUUUACUUCCCAUCUGAAGACAGCCAAGCAGGCUGUGCUGGACGGGACCUCCAAGUGGUCUGCCAAAAUCACCAUAACAGUCAUGUGUGCGCAGGGAUUACAGGCCAAGGAUAAGACGGGAUCCAGCGACCCAUAUGUCACGGUCCAGGUGGGGAAGACCAAACGCAGAACCAAGACCAUCUUCGGCAACCUCAACCCCGUCUGGGAUGAAAAGUUCCACUUCGAAUGCCACAACGCUACCGACCGCAUAAAGGUGCGCGUUUGGGAUGAAGAUGACGACAUCAAGUCACGGGUGAAGCAACAUUUCAAGCGCGAGUCAGACGACUUUCUGGGCCAGACCAUCAUCGAGGUUCGCACGCUCAGCGGAGAGAUGGAUGUUUGGUACAAUCUGGAUAAGAGGACCGACAAGUCUGCAGUGUCUGGUGCCAUCAGACUCAAGAUCAGUGUUGAAAUGAAAGGGGAGGAGAACGUGGCGCCCCCUCAUGGCCAGUACACGUGUCUACAUGAGAACCUGUUCCACUACCUGACUGAAGUGAAGAGCGGCGGCGUGGUGAAGAUCCCGCAGGUGAAAGGGGACGACGCGUGGAAGGUCUACUUUGACGACGUGUCUCAGGAGAUAGUGGACGAAUUUGCCAUGAGAUAUGGGGUGGAGUCCAUCUAUCAGGCUAUGACGCAUUUCUCCUGUCUGUCUGCCAAGUACAUGUGUCCCGGCGUGCCCGCCGUGAUGAGCAACCUGCUCGCCAACAUCAACGCCUACUUCGCUCACACGACCACCACCACCACCACCACCGCCUCCGCGUCUGACCGCUUUGCCGCCUCCAACUUUGGGAGGGAAAAAUUCGUCAAAUUGCUGGACCAGCUGCAUAACUCUCUGAGGAUCGACCUUUCGAAAUACCGGGACAACUUCCCGGCAGGAAACCCGGAGCGUCUCCAGGACCUGAAGUCCACUGUUGACCUGCUUACGAGCAUCACUUUCUUCAGAAUGAAGGUGCAAGAGCUCCAGAGUCCACCCAGGGCCAGCAUGGUCGUAAAGGACUGCGUGAAAGCUUGUUUAGACUCGACGUACAAAUACAUUUUUGACAACUGUCAUGAGCUCUACAACCAGCUUCUCGACCAGAGCCGGAAACAGGAGCUUCCCAGAGAGGAGCAGGGUCCGUCUAUAAAGAACCUGGACUUCUGGCCAAAACUCAUCACUCUUAUGGUAUCUGUAAUCGAUGAGGACCGCACAGCCUACACACCAGUCAUUAAUCAGUUUCCGCAGGAAUUGAACGCGGGGAAAAUCAGCGCCGAGAUCAUGUGGAACCUGUUUGCACAGGAUAUGAAGUACGCGAUGGAAGAGCAUGACAAGCAUCGCCUAUGCAAAAGCACAGAGUACAUGAACCUUCACUUCAAAGUCAAAUGGUUCCACAACGAGUACGUCCGCGAUCUGCCGGCCUUCAAGGAUGUCCCACCUGAGUAUUCUCUGUGGUUCGAACCCUUCGUCAUUCAGUGGCUCGAUGAGAACGAAGUCGUUGCCAUGGAUUUCCUCAACGGAGCACUUGAAAGAGACAAGAAAGACGGAUUCCAGCAGACCUCGGAGCACGCCCUCUUUUCCUGCUCCGUGGUGGACGUGUUCACUCAACUAAACCAGAGCUUUGAGAUUAUCAAAAAGCUGGAAUGCCCGAACCCGCAGGCUCUGGCGCAUUUCAUGUGCCGUUUUGCGAAGACUAUCAACAAGGUUCUCUUGCAAUAUGCUGCAAUCAUUUCCAAGGAGUUUCCAUUGCAUUUAAACAAGGAGAACGUGCCGUGCAUAAUUCUCAACAACAUCCAGCAACUUCGAGUCCAGCUGGAGAAGAUGUUUGAGUCCAUGGGUGGGAAGCAGGAGGAGGGGGUUGUCUCCUUCUGUAAGCUGGAUGCAGAGGCCAGUGAUCUGCUAAAGGAGCUGCAGAAUAAACUCAACACAGUCCUGGAUGAGCUCAGCGGGGUGUUUGGCUCCAGCUUUAAACCUGUAAUCGAGGACUGUGUGAAGCAGAUGAACCAGGAGCUGGUCCAAAUGAAAGGGCCAAUUAAAGGGAGCAAUCCUGCCAUGGAUGCAGAAACCGUCUUACGGCCUCUUAUGGACCUUCUGGACAAGAAUUUGAUGUUGUUCGCCAAGAUCUGUGAGAAGACCGUGCUGAAGAGAGUCCUCAAAGAGCUCUGGAAAAUAGUUCUGAACACCAUCGAGAGAACAAUCGUUCUGCCUCCGCUUAGCGACCAGAGCGUGAGUUGAUCACCUUUGAAUCGUAUUCUCA